AUGGAUAUGGAAAUGAAUGCUGAUGAUAGAGACGACGGGAGUGAGAAUGGAGAUCCAUCAACAGCAGGAAGCUCGGCUGGCAGUGUCUUUUGUGUGCUCGAACGCGAUUAUGCAAGAAUUACGGAGGAGAUGAAAGUCAACGAAGCACUGAGAGAAUAUGCAGAUGAGUACACAAGACUCUUUGAGAUGUUGUACAAGUGUCGGAGGGACGAAGACGAAAUGAUGGAAAAAUUUCGCCAACUGCAGGAUGACGUGAUAGAUAAGACAAGUAGGGUUUACGAGCUUGAGAGAACAAUUGAGGGCCAAGUUGGAACGAUAGCUAAGCUCAAGGAAGAGAUCAUUGCGGCUUCGAAGCUUGCAGAUGCGGCCCAUACUCGUGAACAGAAUGCUCAGGAGACCAUUGAGAAUUCCCGGCUGACUAUUGCUAAGUUAAAUCAAGAGAUUGAACAGAGAAAUAGGCAGCUAGCGCUUGAUGAAGAUAGCGCGGUCACCAAGCAGAAAGACAGUCUCGUGAAGGAGAAAGAGAGACUGACAAAUGAGGUGGAGACACUAAAACAACGAAUAAAAAGUAUGUCAAAGUACACCGAGGAACUCGAGAAAAAAACCAAUGAUUGUGAUCAGCAGAUGAAUAAAAUGCAAGAGAAUAUGGAUAUUCAAAUGAACGAAAUAUCAAAGGAGAGAAUCAUUCGGGAGAGACUUGAAAAAGAACUUUUAAGUCUUGACGAGCAGGGUAAAGUGAAGAAUACACAAUUAGCGACAGCAAAUGCAACAAUUAAAACAAUUACGAACAAUGCAGCAAAACUCGACAACUCACUUAGAGAGCAAAAAAAUAUUAAUGAAAAACUCAGGAGGGAAGUGAGUAAACUAAUGGUCGCCAGAAUGAAUAUACAAACGGAAACGGACAAUGCACACCGGAAAAUUGAGGAAAUGGAAAAGUUACUCAAUGAAAAGAACAAAAUGUAUAAAUUAUUGGAGCAUGAAAUAAAGAGAUUGAAAGAGGAAACGGCAAAGUGUAAAGCCGAGAGCAAUUGGGCAGCAAACAAGUACUUGAAAAUUGAUAUUGCACGUUCUAAAGUUGAGAAGGACGCUCAAACUCUACGACUCACACUCAAGAACACGGAGAUUGAGGUAGACUCACUCAAACGUCAGCUAGUGGAUGAAAAGAAAGCAAGUGAAGCGGUAAUGCGGGAGAGAGACGCAACAGCAAAGGUUGUACGUAACUUGAAAGAGACCCUCAGGAGGAUGCAGCAAGUGAUAGAUGUAUGUGAACAAAGCAAGCGAAAAAUUGAAUCGGAAUUGGAGGAGGCAAUGCAGAUACUCAAUGUUUCCAAUAAGAGGAUCCAAACGCUGGAGACAGAACGUGAAAAAUAUAGUCAGGAGAUGAAGCAACUCUUUCAGCAGGCGAGUCAUUAUGUGGAUCAAGUGAAAUUGAAGGACAUUGAACUCUUGGAAUACAAGAGCCAGUUAUCCGAUUUGGAGAGUAAUUUUCGACAGCAACAGAAUCUCUUUGAAGCCAUCAGGGCUGAGAGAAACACGUACAGCAAAAAUUUGACAAUAGCUAAAGAGGAUAUAUCAGAGUUGCGAGAUAAAAUGAAACUCAUGAAUGGACAGAUUGAACAACUCAAAGAGGAUUUAACAACUAAGGAAACUAAUUCUACCAAAGCGGAAUUUUUGCUGAGUAAAGCGGAAAAAGAAAAGGAAACAGCGAGGCACGAGUCGCAAUCUCUUCGUAAAGAUCUAUUUGACUUGCAAAGGGAAAUGGAAGAGCGGAUAAAGGAGGAAAAGUGUCUGAGGAAUAGUGUCAAAAUGGCAGACAUGGAGAUAAGUCGUUUGAGGAAGGAAAUCGAUACAAUUAUGAAUGAACGAAAUAUUUUGGGAACACAGUUGGUGAGAAGGAAUGACGAAUUGAGUCUGCAGUACAGCAAAAUUAAAAUUCUCCAUGGAACUAUUUCUCGGGGUGAAACCGAGUAUGUUAGGAAUUUGGAGGACAUUAAACUCUUGAGAUCCGAAGUCACCAAGUUGAGAACUGAAAAAGAUAUCUUGUCUAAGAAUUUAAACAACAUUAGCGACCUACGCGUUGAGAUAUUUCACUUGAAUCGAGAUUUAACGAGGGAAAGACGGAAGGUCAUAGCAUUGGAGGAGCAAGUACAGAAUCCACUGAACAUUCACCGUUGGAGAAAACUAGAGGCUUCAGAUCCAAGUACCAUGGAACUGCUCAAGAAAGUUCAGAUACUUCAAAAACGCAUCCUCAAAUUGAGUAGUGAGUUGAUAGAAAAAGAUGGAAGAAUCAAGGAAAUGGAAAAAUUGUAUAUGGAUCUGCGGGAAAUGCUCUCAAAGCAACCGGGACCCGAGUUAAUUGGAAACUUUGAUAAAACUCAAAAAGCAUUGCGGCAACGUGGCAAAAAGAUGAAGUGUGUAGUAGCAGAACUCAAUAUGUGGGAGACACGUGCAAAUGAGUACAAGUACGAGUUGGAAAGUACGAUGAAGGAGCUGCGUGACUUGAAAAUUAAAUACUACACAUUGAAGAGGAAAGACCAGAAGUCAAGGGACUCGAUCGUACCAAAGGACACGUGCGACACUUCUCUUCCAUCCCUCUCUCCAACCAAUAAAAAAUUCUGCGGUGGUGGUUUUACCAUGACAGUAUCACCAACACGAAAUUGCUACAGUCUCGAGUCAAUCGCUAAAUAAAUUCCGUAUGGCUUCUCAAAAUUACA